AUGUUUGUUUGGAUUUGUAUUGAUCUUUGAAAUUAUGUUACAUAUGUUUGCAGGUUGUUAUCAAGAAAAUAUAUGACCAUAAUGCAACCAAUGUUGGUGACGAAGGUGGCUUUGCUCCUAAUAUUAAGGGGAGUAGGGAAACUAUGGAUGAAUUGGAUGGAAACACAUCUUCAAUUUGUAGCUGAAGUUAGCUUAAUUCCAAAUGUUUGAUGACAAAGAUUCAUUAUUGGAUACUUGGAUGUAUGUUCUUGAAGACUUUGGCAGUGAGAGGUCUGCUUUGGCAAAAGAUAAAAUCUACACACACAUUAACCUUAAACAAAUGACUAUCAUCAGAGAGGCUGAGGCAGGUUUAAUGGAUUGCAAGUUGGACAUUAUCAUGAGUCUUCAUCCUCUUAUGCAAUACAUUCCAUUAUUUAUACUUAAAUGGCAAGGGUUACAAAAGAAGGCUCAUGCAGUGUUGAUAUAUGGUGGUCAAGCAAAUGCAUCAAUAGUAAUUUUUUCUUGGAAUGAGUUUUAAAUUCAUUAUUUGCGAAAGUGUUUAGGGUGAUUUUAGAUUUGAUAAAUAACUUGACAAUUAGGAUUUUGAUAUAAUUUCAUUCACUUUCUAUUGAUUUUUUCCUAUGCUUACAAAUUCAUAGUUGGUUGCUUUUUCGUAACCUAAAUAUUGAAAAAGAAAUGGGGCAAGAUUCGGCGGAACAUUACCGAUAAAGUUUGGUGGCCAUUAGAGAAAAUGUUAGUAUUAUCAUAUAAAUUAGCUAAGCGGAUAAUAUUAUGUUCAGUAUAUAUAUGUUUCUUUUUAGGCAAGUAUUACAAAGGUGUUGAUUCUUAUGAUUAUUUAGAUGACAAGCACAAGUUGAGAGUAUGUUUAAAUUUCUUUUUGGCGUAUGAUUUAUGGAAAUAAGUUAGUUACAUACCUUUUUUACAAAGCUUGAUUUUUUAUUUCUUUUUUCAUUGCAGGUAUUAUACGCUGAUGGUGAUAAAGAACUACCGGAUCUAUGUAAAAAAUUGUGGAA